AUGGCCGCGCCUCCGCCAAAUCCAAAUACAGCCUCCAACUUUGUGUCCACGCGGCGGGCCCUCCUGGACACUGUCACCUCUUUCCUCACCGUUGCAACUCACCAUGUCCUCUAUCUACGCCGCCUUUACCCCCCAGUCUCAUUUCUCUCCGCUAGGGCGUAUAACUAUCCCGUCCGUCAGAACCGUCAUCCCGCAGUUUGUGCAUGGGUCAAUGAUGCUGUCUCCGCAAUCCGCGACCAACUCGACAAGAACACGGUAGAAAAGGUUUUGCUAUGCAUCUACGAAUGCGAUGGCAACCAUGUUCUCGAACGUUGGACAUUUGAUCUUCGAUCUUUCCCUUCCAUUGUUAACGGGGACGUUGACAUCCCGUUCGAGUCCACCCCAUCCGAUGACGGCGAUCUACUGAAUAACCAAGUCAACCUGGCUGAUCUGGAAGCCAAUUUUCGCGCCACCUUGUCCCGGAUUAGUACUUCGGCAGCCCGACUCAGGCCUCUUCCCGAGGGCCCUGACGCUCCUGAAUGCAGUUUCACGUUGGCUAUUGAAGUCAAAGAUAGGGCUGACCGUCCCGUGGGCCGGAUUGAAAAGGAGGAGCGGAAGUGGAUUGCUGCAGAACCACAGCCACGUCCACCGUCUUCGACCCCAGGACUUCAAAGAAAUGAUAAAGAGUCGCCCUCUCUGUCUGCCCGAACGCAUCCAGUCCGUCGUGUUGAGGCAGGAGAGCUUCAAAUGGAAGUCUGGGUGGAAGAAGCAGCGGCCAAAUUUGAGUUCAACCUCCCACCACCAUCGUCCGGGUCGUCAUUACCUCCAGAGCAAAGAGCAGCAAAUAUGUCGUACGGUGCCGGGAAAGAGAAAUUCGAUCCGGAGAACAUGUAUACAUACGAUCUGGAGCCGCCUGACGUUAACCGCAAGCCGCAAGGCGGAGCCAUGACAGACUAUCAGCGCGGAUAG